AUGAUUGAGGAUGAUGUCCCCAAUGACCCUCCAGAUGCCGCAAAGCCCAAGCCGCCUGCCACCGUGGCUGAGCUGGUGGCCGGAAACAAGGACUUCAGCCUGCUGCUGGCGGCGGUGCAGGCCGCCGACAAGGCAAUCCUGGCACUGCUGUCCAACAGGAGGGCCAAGCUGACGGUGUUUGCGCCCCCCAACGCCGCCUUUGAGGCUCUGCUGGAGGAUCUGGACCUGUCCGCCGAGGAUCUGCUGGGGAACAAGGCCCUGGUCACCUCGGUCUUGCUCAACCACGUGAUCUCUGGCGCCGCUGUGUCCAGCCGCGCCCUGAAGAGCGCCCAGCUGGUACAAACCGCGCUCAAGGGCGUGCCCGGCCAGCUGGGCAUCCUCAAGCAGAAGACCCUGGGCGUGCGCAUUGUCACCUCCACCAACCAGGUCGCCAAGGUCACCGCCGCCAACAUAGCGGCCGGCAGGUCUAUCGUUCAUGUGGUGGACCAGGUCCUGAUCCCCUCCGGCCUGCUGUGA